AUGAAUCCUUCUGAAUUCCAAGGUGGGUUGAAUCCUGUGAAGGCUCAGAAGUGGGUAACUAGCAUGGAAAGAAUUUUUUUUCUUCAGGUAGUGCAUUGUAGUGAAGAGAAUAAGGUUGUGUUUGCUUCUCACAUGAUGAAGGGUCCAACUGUGAGAUGGUGGGAGAGUGCUUCUACUCUUAUGACCAAUCAAGGAGUACCUAGGGAUUGGGAGCAUCUUAAGACUAUUUUCAUGGAAACGUAUUUUCCUAGUUCUUUGAGGACUCAGCAAUAUUUUGAGUUUCAACAGCUUAGGCAGGAUACUAUGACAGUAGUUGCGUAUGCUGAGAAGUUCGAAGAAAUGGCUGCUUAUUCUAGAUGGGCCACGUAUGCACCUGAUGAGAGGUGGAAGAUUGAUCAGUUUAUUUUUCGUCUAAGGGGUGAAAUUUCUCAUAGUGUUUCUCAAUAG